AUGCAGUUUGGACUAAUAGUUAAAGCAUCGUUCAUUAUAUUUAUAGUACGAGAAAUAUGUGCAGUAGAAAUACAGUGUCCUCCGCAGGAAGAUAUCUUACCUUGCCGAUGUCUUAUCAAAGGGAGGAAAUACCAAAUUUGGUGCUCACACAGCAGUUUACCCAACGUCUUAGAGAGCCUAAAAGCUAUAGCGACCUACAUAAUCACGCCGAUAGACGAACUAAUAUUAGAAAACAAUUAUUUGCCUUCGUUACCGGGUCGUACUUUCUCCCCCUUAAAAAUAUUACGUCUGAUGUUACGUCAUAACGCGUUGGAACGAGUCCCAACCGAUUGGUUGGCGGAUUUAGAAUCCAAUCUAAUGGAACUGUUCAUAGUCGAACCGAAGCUCAGUAGCUUACCCCACAUGUGUUUGGCUCAUUUAAAGAAUCUGAAAGCUGUAACGAUAAGAUCGAAAUUGUUGAAAAGAUUACCGAUAUUUUCAGGAUUACCACAACUGAAGUAUAUACAGAUAGAAUCUAUUUCGUUAACAGAUUUAUCGCCUUCUAAUUUUAAAGAUAAUCGAGCUUUAGAAAAAUUUCAUUUGCAAUUUAGUCCUAAAUUGACUAGAUUAGAAGCGAAUUUAUUUGAAAAUUUACCAAAAUUGGAUGUUGUUAAUAUAACUUUUUGCGGCUUGAACUGGAUACAUCCUAGAGCGUUUAGUAGAUUACCAAGUUUGAAAGAACUGUCACUUGUAGGUAAUAAAUUUAACGACGCAGGUAUGAUAGGCAGAAGUAGCAGGGAAUUAACGAAUUUAGAAAUUAUUAGAUUAGAUUAUAACAAUUUUAACGUAUUAGACGAAGCUACAUUCGUGGAUAUUAAAUCUUUGAAAAGUAUUUAUUUAUCUAAUAAUGUUAUAAGAGAAAUUAGGAAAGGUGCUUUUCAUAGAUUACCAUCUUUACGCACUUUAGAUAUUAGUAAAAAUAUGUUGCAAAGAGUUCAACGUCAAAGUUUUUACCAACCGAACUUUGUAGAAGAAAUUAACCUUCAAUAUAACGAUAUUAAUGACGUGAUACAGCUUCGUACUAUUUUAGAAGAUCUUCCGAAGCUUAUCUACUUGGAUGUGAGUUAUAAUAAAUUAGAUGUGAUACCUUUCGGGUCAUUAAUGGGGCAUACGACUUUAGAACAGUUCAAUUUGGGAUACAACAGGUUACGUUCGGUGGAUAAAGAAGCGUUUAUAGGCAUGCCGGCUCUAAGGGAUCUUGUAUUAACCAAUAAUUCUCUUAUUGAUAAUAGUAGAGCACCAUUUUGGAAUUUACCUGCUUUGAAAAGUUUACAAUUGUGUAGUAAUCAUUUGAGAACAUUAGAUCCUAGGUUUCUUGCGAAAAUAGGGUCUUUAAGAAGAGCGGAUUUAAGUAGAAACGGUUUAAACUUCGUAAAUCCGGAAGCGUUUUUAUCUACACCUUUAUUAGAACAUGUUAAUAUUUCUUACAACUACUUGAAGAUUCUUCAUCCUGUAACAUUUAGGCAUUUGACUCAGUUAUACGAACUAGACGUUAGUCGAAAUAAUUUAAAAGUAUUAGUACAUGGUUUGCCUAGGAAUAUCGAAAAGCUAUAUUUGGGGGAAAACGAAAUUUCCCAAAUUUCUUUUGAAGAUUUACAAUUACCGUCGUUGAGGUUAUUGGAGUUGAGCGGAAAUAAGUUACAGACACUUGGAGAUGAUCAGUUUAAAGCACUCGUACGGUUGAAGAAGCUCCAUUUGAGAUACAACUUUUUAAUAAACUUGGAUGAAAAUUCGUUGGUCGGAUUGAAUCAAUUAGAAAUAUUAGAUUUGAGUGGUAAUAGGAUUUCAGAAAUACAUCCCCGGGCUUUACAAUCGACUCAAGAAUUGAAAAUUUUGGAUAUAUCUAAUAACCAAUUAACUAUUAUCGGACCUGGUUUAUUUAGUGAAACUAAACUUUUGAAAAAAUUGAAUGCGAGUUAUAAUCAUUUAGCUGAAAUAUUUCGAGAAAGUUUACAAGCGACGUUGGAUCUAGAAGACUUGGAUCUAUCCAAUAAUCUGCUUGUUCAAUUCCCUCAAGCAUUAUUUGGACUAGAAAAACUCAAGAUGUUAGAUUUGAGUAACAACAGAUUGAAAACUAUCAACUCUACGAUUGUUUCUAGUUUGAAGCAUAUAAAAGAAAUGAAAUUAACGAAAAAUUUCAUUCAAAUUUUAGAAGGAAAUUCUUUCGUGAACUUGAAACAUCUAAAAACCGUGUUUUUAGACCAAAACGAUGUCGUAUUAAUUGAGCCGAAUUUCAUGAAGAUGUUACCGGUAUUGAAAUUGGUGAAACUACAAAUGAAUAAUAUAGAAGAAGUUCCUAGAUAUACUUUUAAUACGUUGUUGAGUUUACAAACUGUGGAAUUGCAAGAAAAUAGUAUAACAUUAAUCAACGAUCACGCUUUUCAUGUCGUACCUCAGCUGCUUACCUUAAAUUUGAGUCGAAAUAGGAUAGAGAACAUCGAAGAUGUUGGUUUGCGAAGCGUGAGAUCAUUGGAGCUGUUAGACUUGAGUUUCAAUAAAAUAACAAGGAUGAGUUCGAGUUUGAGUCAACUGGAAUGGCUAGUCGAGUUGAGGUUACACAAUAAUCAUAUAUGCGAAGUGGAAGAAGACGUUUUUGGAAAUAUGCCAAGGCUCAAACUUUUAGAUCUUAGAAAUAAUAAGCUGGUCGUUUUCCCGGAAGUAGCUGUAGAGAGAUUGAGGGAAAAUACUGCACAGUUAAACGUUGAAGAUAAUCCUUUGUCCUGUACAUGCGAUAUGUUGUGGUUGAAAGCGUGGCUUAGAGAAUCCUUCCAAAAUAGUCCUAGAUGUGCUGAUGGUUCUCUAUUGAAGGAUAUGCCUCUUUCAAUUAAUGAAUGCCCUUUAGAUCAAAGGGAAACCUUUUUUUCGGGUUGCGAAACUGAACUAUUGAAUGCACCCGCUUUCGGAAAUAAGGAAUUGUAUUCUAAAUAUGCCAGUCUGCGUAAUUUUUCAGCUGUAUCACCAAACGGUAAAAAUCACCUAGCACCCAGCCCAGAAGAAUCCGAAUAUUUCUACGAUGAUUACAUUGAUUAUCCUCUCAAUUCAACCCAACAAUAAUACAGAAAAACUGUAAACUGUAGACAAUUUUUGUUUGUAGGUAACAUCCCCGUAUUUUAUGCAGCUCCUUCCAAAUCGAAACAAAAGCCCGAUAUACCCUUAAAAGUCCCAGAUUCCCCGAGCACCAGUGGAUUUACAUUUUUCGGUAUACCUCUUCCCGCUUUGAAGAAUAUUUUCGGGAAAAAAGACGAUAAAAAUCGACCGGCUCAAAGAAAAACCGCAAUCCUCAAUAACACUAGAAAAGAGAAGAGACAACCUAUGCCGAAACUAGUAAAAAAAUCUCCGGGUAUUUUACAACAAUUUCCAAAACCUGGACCUCAACUUCAAGGAGGUUUCCUACCUAUUUUACCCGGAUCUGGAGGGUUUAAACCCAUACCUGAUCCUAGAUUAACGUUUCCUGAUACAGUACCAACUACUACUAAUAUAAAACAGCCACAAAUUGAUAAUAAUAAGCAUUUUGAAGUAUCAAUAGCAGAGAAGAAUGCCAGUUCCCACUUACCUGACGUACCUCUUCAAGAAAGCUAUCACCCAAAGAUAAAUUUUGAGUCAGAAUUAACUACCAACAGAAGUUCUUUGGUUAUCUCAUCAAAUAUUACCUCAAUUUCUAAUAAUAAAAAUAAUGAUAGAGUAACUGGAGACAAAAUGAACAUAACUAAUUCAGAAACUAUAGCUAAUGUGCGAAUAUUCAACAAAAGCGAAACUCACACUUUCUUUAAAGAAUACCCACUUGAAACUACUCCGAUUGUUGAAAAUGUUGAGUCAACAUCAACCGUUAGCACUCCAACUACUACUGAAGCUACUUAUUCUUCAGAAUCUACAGUUUCAACAACAGUUGAACCAAAAUUGGAAUCAACAACACCACAUCUAUUAUCACCAAUGGAGAAACCAAAUAAAACCAAAAUAUCUGAGGAUACUAAUACAGUAACUGAUAUUAUAACAGAAGAUAAUGUAAAAGAAUCUGAAUUAUCAGGUAUGGAGACACAAAUCGAAGAAACUGAAGAUGUAUUACCGGCGACAACGGAAAUAAACAAAAAAGAAACCGGUAACAACUCUUCAUUAGGAACUUUUCUUUCGACUUUAUUGAUUCCUGGUGGUCAACAGCCCUAUUUCAAACCAACAUCUAGAUCAACAAUAACGAAAGUAGCGUCACCUCGAGAAAACGGUGGUACUAGUCCUUUAAUUUCUUUGAUGGAAAUAGCGGAGACGAGGAAUCCGAAUUUUCACCUAGAGGGUAGUUCUCAAUUAUCGGAAGAAGUUAUUGUAACGUCGACUGAAGAAAACGACAAAAUUAACAGCGAUUGGUAUUUUGAAAAUUAUAAUAAGAAAAAUUUGGAGCCUUAUGUGUCGAAACACGUGGAAAAUAAACAUUCAGGAAGCGGUAGAACAAAUAGGAUGUUUAUGUUAAUACUUUCUAUUUAUUUAAUAAUUAAUUAA